AUGGGCGUGGCGGUGCCCGCGGAAGAGGGCAGCCAGCAGGAUGUGGAGUAUGAAGAGGAAUUCGAGGGUGAGGGCACGGCGCACGCGUCUCCGGCAGACGAGCAGCUGCACCACCAAAACGAUGGGCCUGCCCCCGCACCUGAGGCAGAGGCGGAGCCGUCGGGCCCAGGAGAGCAAGCGUCUGCGGGCGCAACAGCCCUGACUGCGGCGGAGCAGUCUGGGACGACACAGCCGGAGGGGGAUGUGUCUGCGGUCGGCAGCAGCAUAUCUGCCCGCCACGGCGCCACAGCACCCAUGGUUGCUGCGGGGCAGCAAGACCACGGGGACGAGCCGGAGGCGACGGAAGAGCACUCCAGUGCAAAAGAUCAGCCAGACCAGCAGCACGUGGCUGGGCGGGAUGAGCAGGACCUUGUGCACCAGGAGGAGAGGGAGGAGGAGCAGAAGGAGCCAGGCGACCACGAGCACGACGAGCAGGUGCAGCAGCAAGAGGAGGAGCAGCAGCAGCAGCAGCAGCAGCAGCAGCAGCAGCAGCAGCAGGAGGAGGAGGAGGAGGAGGGGGAGGAGGAGGUGGAGCAGGGGGACCAGCAGCAUGAGGAGGAGGUCAAGCAGCAGGUGGGAGAGGCUGAGCCGGAUCACCCCAAGCCGCAGGGCACGUCCGCCCGGCAGAGCGCCACCGGCGGCCGCGAGGUGACCGAGGCGACCUCGCAUCACACUAGCUCUGCGGCGGGCGGCGCCGCGGCCAUGCAAGCACCCCUGCCGCGCGGCGGAGCCGCGUCUGAGGCCAGCGUUAGCUCUGCGCCGCACGCCGUGAGCAACACGGAAGUGCGUGCGGGAGAGUCGGCCGCGCUCAUGGGGCCGCAAUCUGUUCAUGAGGGCGAGGAGGACGAGGAGGAGGAGCCAGCGGCUCCGGGUCACGAGGAGAGUGAGAAGACCGAGGUGCCAGCCGCCGCCCUGGCGCCCUCCCCCACGCUGGUCGACCUGCUGGUGUCCGCCGUCUCCGCCGGCCGCGGCGCCGUCGACGCUGCGCUCGCGGCCAACCCGGCCGCCGCCGCGCUGGUGGCGGCCAACCCCCAGGUGGAGGCAAUGCUGCGUGACGCAGUCACUCUGAGGGCGAUGCUGACACCCGAGAUGGUUGCCGCCAUAGAGGACGCCCGACGGGCGUUGGCGGGGUCCCGUGGUGCAGGCGGUGAUGCCGAGGCGGAGGCUCUUGAAGCGCUGAUGGCGGCCCUGGCCGCUGCGGCAGACGCCGCCGCCGCGGCAGCAGCGGCGGCAGAGCACGAGCAGGAGCGGGGGCAGCAACAGGAGCAGGAGCAGGAGCAGGAGCACGAGCAGGAUCAGGGGUCUUACGAGCCGCAUCACAGCCUUGGAGGCGGGAGCGCCGAGGCGGCCCGGCUGCGCAUGGACGCGGGCGCCUCUCCAACAAGGCGUAGGGGUGCAACCAGCCCAGGGCGCACCCUCCACCUGACGUUCUCGGGGCCCCCGUAUGUAGCCCAGGCCGCACCCCACAAGCGCCCUGACUACAGCCACAGCAACAACCGCCUCCUGAAGAUCUCCCACGACAACGAGCUGCUGGUCAAACGUUUGACCGAGAUCAGCCGGCAGGAGCCGGCCUGGCGCAAGGGCCUCGGCAAGGCGGAGCCCUGCAACACGGCGAGCGCGGCGGUCAACCGGCGCAGGGCGGCGGCGGCGGUGGCGGCGCAGAAUUUGGCCCUGUAUCAGAGACUGGUGGCUAUCCGCCCUAGCAAGGACUUCAGCCGGGACACCCUGGGGGAGGCGGCGGCGGCGGCGGAGCGGUACCGGGCAAAUUGCUCCCAGUUCAAGGCGGGCGGCAAGAGCCCGCCAAGGCGCUGA